AUGGCUGUUCGGCCCAAGUUGCCGGUAGAGGGGGUUGAUGUAAUUCUGGGUAACAACCUGGCAGGUGGACGUGUGUGGGCUGAGUCCUCGCCGUCACCUGUGCCUGUCUUAAAUUGCUGCCUGGCGCCAAGCCAGAUCGAUGGUUUAGCACAUCUGGGUGAUAAGAAGAUUUUUCCAAAGCUUGUGGAGGGCAUCUUCAGCGAUGGUCAGAUCAAUUGGGGAAGAAUCGCUGUGCUGUUCUACACAGUAGGAAGGCUGGCUGUAAAGAUGGUGCUGGCUGACUCGCCCACAGUGUUGUCAGAAAUACUGGAUUCAUGUUUGCAUUUCUUCAGGACGAAGCUAUUGCCUUGGAUUCGCAACAUGGGCGGAUGGAUCAGCAGCAUUUCAGCGCUGACCCGGUUCUCCAUUGAGCAUAACUCUGCUUCCUCCUCCUGCGCCAUCCGGCUGCCUGCUCCACUCAUCAUGGCCUUCGUCUGUGGGGUUCUGCUGGGUAGCGUCAUUGCCUGGAAACUCAACAGAAGCAGCUGA